CAUCACCAUAGUUUUAUUGCUAGACAAGGUUACAGGACUGAGAAGGGCUUUGAGUUGAUCUGGAAAGAUGGAUUUGUUUUCACUGCUGUUAUUUUUCUUCCCAACAUUGCUACAGUGUGUUUCCAAAAUGGUGAGGCUGGGAGCUUUCCUUAAAGAAACAAAGUCAGAAUAUGCAUUUAGCUGAUGCUGUGAUGUGACCUUCACUCCACGGGUCAGGUCACUGGAGGGAACGUGGAAAGGGACAGCAGCUGGGAAGCAAGAAAGAAGAUGAAGAUUACGAUCCCAGAGAGAGGAGAACUCUUGGGACAGCGGAAAACUUACGAGGGGAUUCUCAGGGGAAGGGCAAAGGUGAGGGAAAUAGCGAGGGGAUAAUGUCACUCUCUGUCCAAUGUGAGGGCGCUGCGAUGUCCAGGCACCAGUGACUGGGACAGAGGUUGUGGUGACUGUGUGUGCAGAUCAGGGUGGCAGCACUGGGAAAAAACUUCUAGGGCACUGUGCCUUGGAGAACAUCAAAAUGUUAGAGACCUUUCCUUCUCUUGUCUGUGGAGACCAAAUUGGCUCGACUGUAACCCUCUCCCUGAGCUCAUUUCCAGUAGCAUUUCCAACAUCCCUUUGUUUCAUUUUUUUCAGCCUGCAGUGCUUCUCCAUAGCCUGGCCUUAAAGGCAGAAAUCAUGGAGUGGAAUCCUCUGAACCUUUUUUUUUUUUCCCCAAAAAAACUGGGCUCCAUGUCCCUAGAAAAGGAAAUUUGCUUAAACUGCUGCAGAGCCCAGGCCAAAACCCAUCCCCCUUACACAGCAUGGGUACUCCAACAGGAUUACAACAUCCCUCCCACCUCAGAAAUCCAAGUUCAGACUGGAGUGCUCUGUGGGGGCAGGCAAACACCAGCUGCCAAUGGGGACAGAGGUUGUCAGCUGUGUCUCUGCAUAUCAGCUGCUGGAUGGGAAUAGAAAGCACAUUCCUGCCCCAACCCGUCCCUAGUCCCAGCUCCCAGACGGGCACGGAGCUCUCAUGGGGCUGUGGGUGGUUCUUCUCUGUGCCUUGGUGUCGUUGCUGCUCGGUGGCCUCUAUGUCCUGGGGGUGUUUCGGAGACAGAGACCAGAUGAGCCACCCCUGGACAAAGGCACCAUUCCCUGGCUGGGCUACCUGCUGGAUUUCAGGAAGGACAGUUCAGAGUUUCUGAAAAGGAUGUGGAGGAAACACGGGGAUGUUUUCACGGUGCUGAUCGGUGGCUAUUACUUCACCUUCGUGAUGGACCCCUUCUGCUUUGGCAGCAUCGUGAAGGAAUCACGGUCUAAACUGGACUUUAGGGCUGCUGCAACUCAGCUGGUCCUGCAGGUUUUUGGCUACAAGCCCAACGAAUCCAGCCACAACGUAGCCCGUGAAUCGAGCGUGAAGCACCUGACGGGAGAGGGGCUCAGUGUCCUGACUCAAACCACCAUGGAGAACUUCCAGAAGCUGAUGCUUUUCAACCUGAGCCCAGGAGAGGAGAAGCGAGUGUGGCGGGAGGAGAACCUCUUCCACUACUGCUACAACAUCGUCUUCAGAGCCGGGUACCUGGCUCUGUACGGCUCUGAGCCACACCAGGGGGCAGGAGACAAGGAGAAAGCUGAGGAGCGAGAUCGUGUCCACUCCAACCAGCUGUUCCUGGAGUUUCGGAAGUACGACCGCCUCUUCCCUCGCCUGGCCUUCUCUCUGUUGCCUCACAAGGACAAAAGAGAAGCCGAACGGCUGAAGAGGCUCUUUUGGAGCGUGCUGUCUGUGAAGAAGGCCAGGCAGAAGGACAAUAUCAGUGGGUGGAUCAGUGAUCAGGACCAACUUCUGGCAGAAAACGGUGUCCCCGAGUACAUGCGGGAUCGUUUCAUGUUUAUGCUCCUCUGGGCGUCCCAAGGCAACACGGGCCCAACGGCCUUCUGGCUCCUCCUGUACCUGCUGAAGCAUCCAGAAGCUCUGAAGGCUGUGAGAGGUGAGGUAGACAAAGUCUUGAGGGAGAAUGGGCAGCAAGUGAAGGCAGGGAGCCGUCCAGUUACCAUCACUAGGGACAUGUUGAACCAGGCUCCUCUUCUGGACAGUGCUCUGGAGGAGACCCUUAGGCUGGUGGCAGCCCCGCUGCUGGUCAGAGCUGUCCUGGAGGACAUCAGCCUCAGGACAAGCAGUGGGACAGAGUACACCCUCCGCAAGGGAGACAGGGUGGCUCUGUUCCCUCACCUCGCCGUGCAGAUGAACCCAGAAAUUCACCACGAGCCUCACAAAUUUAAGUACGACCGUUUCGUGAACCCAGAUGGCACCAAGAGGGAUUUCUACAAAAAUGGGAAGAAGCUGAAAUAUGUCAACAUGCCCUGGGGGGCAGGAGUAUCCAUCUGUCCCGGGCGGUUCUUUGCCAGCGCUGAAAUGAAACUCUUUGUGUUCUUGAUGCUGAGCCACUAUGACCUGGAGCUGGUCAAUGAGGAAGAGGAGAUCCCAGGGAUAGACAUCAGCCGCUGGGGAUUCGGGACCAUGCAGCCCGUUCACGAUGUUCGGUUCAGAUACCGGCCCCGCUUUUGAUUUUGGGAAGCCCCUGUUGUGUUGUUUGUUCCGGUGUUACCUCUGAGCAAAUUGUGUGAUCCCGUGGUUAUCAGCUCCCGAUCUGAUCUUGUUUGCUUAACAUUUAUCAUGGCUUGUGUUUUUACCUCUGUCUCACGUGUUGCUGCUCUGUGUCUCCGGUUACUGUG